AUGAUACUAUUUAUUUUAAUUACACAUAUUAAUGCUCAAUGCACUCAUCCAAUAUUUUGUUAAGGAAACAUUCUACAUACCAUAUAGACAUAAAAAAUAUUCAAUGAUGGAAAAACCUUUGUAGAUAUGACUAUGAAAAAGACAGAAACUGAGAUUUUAAAUGCUUGGAAAAAUAUUGAUAUUAAAAAUAAAGAAUAAGUGACAACAUUUGUAGCUGAUAAUUUUAAUGAAGCAGGCAGUGAUUUAGAAUCUAUCAUACCAAGUGAUUAUAAAGAAAAACCUGAUUACGUUGAUAAUUUAAAGGUUUAAGAAUUAAAAGAUUGGAGUUUAGAAAUUAAUAAGAUAUGGUUGGAAUUGUGCAAAUAAUUUAAAAAAGAUAUAGAAGAAUCCUCUUCAAUACUAUAUGUUCCAAAUCCAUUCUUUGUACCAGGUGGUAGAUUUAGAGAAUUCUAUUAUUGGGAUACAAUGUGGGUUAUAGAUGGAUUAAUAAUCAGUAAAAUGUUUGAUAGUGCCAUAAAAAUGUAGGAGAACUUCGUAUAUAUUAUAAAUAAACUUGGUUACAUACCUAAUGGUGCUAGAAUAUAUUAUAAAGGAAGGACUUAACCUCCUGUUUUGGCCUAGAUUACUUACAAUAUAUAUUAAGGAUUAAUUAAAGAUGGAUAAUAAGAGAGAGCCAAAUAGUUUAUACUUAAAUCAUUUGAAGCUAUAGAAAAGGAGUUUUAAUAUUUUUAUGAACAUAGAUCAAUAAGAGCAUGUUUGAUAUUUUAAAAUGUUUAUUGUGAUGUGAUGUUGUAUCAUUAUGAUUCUGAUAUUUAUUAUCCAAGGCCAGAGUCAUAUAAUGAAGAUAUUUCAAUUGGACAUGCAAAUAUUCAUAUGUAUCAUGAAAUCACAGCAGGAGCUGAAAGUGGUUGGGACUUUUCUACAAGAUGGUUUGCAGAUUAGAAAACAUUAGAAUCCAUAUAGACAUCAGAUAUUUUAAGUGUUGAUUUGAAUACAUUCAUGAUAAUCAAUAUGAAAAGAUUAGCUUCAUUUUCAAAGAUUUUAGGAUAUUAAGCCAAACAAACUUUUUAUGAAACACUUAGUAAGAAUACAGAGGAAAUAUUAUUAGAUAAAUUCUACAAUAAAGAAACAUAUUAAUGGAAUGAUUACAAUUAUAGACAAAAAAGUUUUAAUAAGAAUUUUUAUGCAUCAAAUUAUUUCCCUUUAAUUUUAAAAUCAAAAUCAGAUAGUAAAUUGAUAGACAAUUUGAAAUAAAUGAUAUAAUAAUAUCCUGGAGGAAUCCCCACUUCUAUAUUCAAUACAGGAUAAUAAUGGGAUCUACCUAAUUCAUGGCCUCCUCUUAAUUAAAUGAUAAUUUAAGGAUUGAUCAAUAAUGAUUAGAUGGAACUUGCCUUAUAAUUAUCAUAGAAUGUUAUCAAUAAUGCUUAUUGUUGUUUUGAAAAAUCUAUAAUUUAAUAUGGGAAGGGAUACAUGUUCGAGAAGUAUGAUGCUACAAGUAUAGGAACUUCAGGAGGAGGUGGAGAAUAUGAAGUAUAAACAGGAUUUGGAUGGACUAACGGUGUAGUUAUUUGGAUAUUAAAUACGUUUGGAUAAAAAUUAGUUUUACCAACAUGUCCAUAAUAGAUAUGA